GUUCAUAUUAGCGUCCAUGUCAGAAAAUAUUAGAAUAAUAUUACUGUUUUAUUUAAGUAAUCACUAUUAUUAAAAUAAAUUAGAAAACAUACAACCCUACCUCCCUCUCGUCUUUCUUCUAUCCUACUUUCCCAAACCAUGUCCCUCAACUAUCUAAUGGUGAGUUCACAGUAAGCUCGGCGUUCCAUGCUUUUCAUGAUAGUGUUAGACUUGGAAGCUCAGGGAGUUCUGGAAUUUCACAAGCUAAGAAGGAUAAGUGGAAAUGGUUUUGGAGUUUGUCUCUCCCUCCGAAAGUCACUUUCUUCAUUUGGAAAGCUUCAAGAGGUGCCUUUGCAUUUAAGGAGAAUCUCUUCGCCAGACACUGCUCUGACUCUAAGGCCUGCCCAUUGUGUGAUCAUGGGGAGGAGUCCAUAUCCCAUGUUCUGUUUGAGUGCCCCCGCGCAAAGGAGACUUGGAGUAGAUUCACCCCCACCCUUUCUCUCCCACCUCCCACCGUUAAGGUAAACUUUUGGCUAUGGGAAGUUGGAGAAGUGUGCCCAUUGGAAGGUCCUCAGAUGGCUAUCUUUAUUCUAUGGAAUAUUUGGAAAGCACGGAAUGAGAUGAUCUUCAGAAGUCUCCCUCUGUGGCCCCCUUGGACCAUUUUCCAGGCUAUGAAUGAGUUUCAGCUCUGGAAAAAUUGCCCUAUGAAAAAAGAGAGGGGUCUCUCCAGAUUAAUCGACCUAUUCCACCUUCUUCUCAUCCCUCACCACUGCCAAGCAAUCUCUUUGGAGAGAUUCACUGUGAUGGAUCGUUUUUUAACGAUUCCCAAGAGGCGGCAUAUGGGAUUGUUGUCACUAAUUCCCAUGGCGAGAUUUGGGAAGGAAAGACCGAUUCCCUCCUCUGUGAUUCAGCUUUGGAAGCAGUAGUAAUACAUGAAGGAUACUUGUUUGUGUUGCCAUCCCUCUCCCUUUGUGGUUAAAUCUGACUGUAAGGUGAUGGUUGAUGCAAUUUGUGGGCCUCGACACAGAUGGCCAUGGAUUGUUGUCGCGCGAAUAGACACUAUUAGAGCUAUCCUGGUUCGUCUGCAGGAUGUUCAUGUGACUUUUGUGCGUAGAGAUCAGAAUGCUUUGGCGAACUGGGUAGCGCGAUCGCGCGUAAAGAACCAGCUUCGACUGGAUUUCUGUCCUUAAUGUAUUGUUACCACUUUUAUAACCUUGGUUUGAAUUUUUGGGUUUAAUGCAGAGUCUAUUGUCAAAAACAAAUCUCAUGUACCUCUCCGUCACAGUUCACCUCUCAUUCACCAGACGACUUCUCCUUCUUCAUUCUUCUCAAACCAGCCAUGUCCCCACUUUCUCCAAUCAAGCGAACCUCUUCCUCCCUCCCUCGGCCUCACAGGAGCGGAAAGAGAAGAAUCAACGACAAAUGGCAUCUGACAGCAGCAACGAUGGAGAAGAGAUGGGGAGCUGUAGAUGUCAUCUCAAACGGCGACGGAUGAACGAGAAUGGUGAUGGGGAGCUGGAAACUCUCUUGCAUCGGACCUAGGCGGUGGGAUUACACUUUGAAAAUCCCUCUCGCCUCACACAUUUGUGACUGAGAAGCUUCGCAUCUCUCUCCAUCAAGAGGUUUAGAGAAGGCAGAUAUGGAAUUAGGGCGGAGGUUAGGCCGACUGCGAAUGACCAAUUUGCAGAGAAGAACAAAGGUGAAUCUUUGAUUUUGGGUUUUCCAUAAUUGUAAUUUUUGUGGGUUUUCCAAUCGAUGGAGACGGGAGGGAAAGAAGAAAAGGUAAAAUCGUGACCGCCGUCUCUAAUUUCCAAUUGUAGUCGAGGAUGCUGGCCAUUUGUGAUGACGUCGUGGUUUGGACGGAAUUUGCGAGAUCGUCGAGAUCUGCAGAUUCCAUAUCUGUUGGGUUUUUAAGGUGUGGUUUCAUAAGAAAGGGAGGGGGGAGACCACGAGCAGCGCAGUUUCUUCUCUCUUUUGAGCGUGGAGGAGACAUCGGCUUGAACUGCUCCUAUUCGGGUAGGGGUUGGAGCUAAGCAUCGGCGACAGAGUUUGUCAUAGAGAUAGAGAGGAUAAGCGAAGUUGGUGAGAUGGAGGGAUGGCGGCGGAGGCGAUGACAGAGGCAGAGAGAAGGCGACGACGACGGUGAGAUGGAGGACAGAAGAAGAAUUUUUUUUCUUUCAUUUUCUUAAUUAUUUAAUAAUUUAUUUUUUAAAAUUAAAAUAUGAUAUACUGACUGCCACGUGAGAGCAAGCUCAGUAUCGUAAAUGUUUAGUCGACAUUACUAACAGAAUUGCUAACAAAGACUUAACGUUUGG